CCUUCUCCUUUUCUCUUCCUCUCUUGAUCUCCUUCUCGUUUCAUUCUCCUCCUCUUUUUAUGGUGGCCUGAUCCUCUUCUCGACGAAGAGAGGUUCGAGGUCUCCUGCGAUCACCUCCGAUCCGAUGGCCGUUGAUCUUAUGGGCUACUCUAAGAUGGACGACCAGAUCGCUAUCCAGGAGGCGGCGACCGCCGGCCUCCGGAGCAUGGAGCACCUCAUCUUCCAGCUCUCCCACCACAAGUCCCCGCAGCUCGACUGCCGGGAGAUCGCCGAUGUCACCGUCUCCAAGUUCAAGAAGGUGAUCUCCAUCCUCAACCGCACCGGCCAUGCUCGCUUCCGGCGGGGCCCCACGGCGGCGCAGGCUCCCCAGACCCGGACCCUCGCGCCGAUUCCCCUCCAGUCGCAGCCAAUCCAGCCGGCAGCACCGCACCCGCCGCCUCCUCCUCCUCCCCAGACCCUGACGCUGGACUUCACCAAGCCGAACCCGGGCACGUACCCCCUUGUCGUCGAAGGCGGCGAGACCGCCGCCAGCCAGUACACCAAGGAGAGCUUCAGCAUGUCGAACCCGAUGUCCUCGGCGAACUCGUCGUUCAUGACGUCCAUCACCGGCGAUGGCAGCGUCUCCAACGGUAAGCAGGGGUCAUCCCUGCUCUUCAACCCUGUCACCCCUUCCGCCGGCAAGCCGCCGCUGUCCUCCUCUUACAAGAAGAAGUGCCACGAGCACGCCCAUUCCGAGUACGUUCCCGGCGGCCGCUGCCACUGCUCCAAGAGAAGGAAGUCUCGGGUGAAGAAGACGAUCAGAGUUCCGGCGAUAAGCGCGAAGAUGGCCGACAUCCCUCCUGAUGAGUAUUCCUGGCGCAAGUACGGGCAGAAGCCCAUCAAGGGCUCCCCCUACCCGAGGGGUUACUACAAGUGCAGCAGCCUGAGGGGUUGCCCGGCGAGGAAGCACGUGGAGCGGGCGCCCGACGACCCAUCGAUGCUGAUCGUAACGUACGAGGGGGAGCACCGCCACACCCAGAACCCUGUACCCGAGUCCACGGAAGCUCUCGUCUCAUAUUCGACUCCUCCUGUGAGAUCUGAUCAGAUCUGAUUGAGAGUUCCUGCGAUGUCAUCCCUCCAUCCGAGGAGGUGGUCCUCGUUGUAUCUCUUCCUCGGAUCCACUCCUCCUCCACUUUAUUCUGUUUCUUUUAAUGACCUUCUUUAUCCCCCCUUCUCCCCCUCUCUGGGUUCAGAACUUUGUAGAGGAGGUUUGGUAUUGUGUAAAGAAAAAGAAAACAAAAUUAAAAAGAAAAAUCAAGAAAAGUUGACCGAAAGGAUGGGAAUUGUGGGGAAGGGGAGGGGAGGCGGCCCCGGAUUUGGUCGUGGAGGCCGUUUUCGGAAGGCGGAUUUGAGACUGGUUUCGCGUCCGGGUGCCUCGUUGCUUCGUCCGUUGUUCCGGGCGGAGGUCAGAGGGCGCGGGGCCCACGGGCCGUAACUGAACGUUGUGUGGGAAGCGGCCGAAAGAAAGGGGGUGGAGGAGGUGGAUGUGGGUGGUGGGUCCCGGUGGCCGCUGCCCCUCCCUUGUCACCGUUGACCGGCGUCAGCUUUUCUAAAUCCAGCCGUGAACUGUGAACCAUACAUGCCUUCUUUAUUCAAUUUGCAUUUGGAUUUGCUUGCACAAAUGUCAAAGGGAGCAUUUAUUACGACCUCAUUGAGUCUCUCUCAAGUGUAUACGCCGAAAAACAAAGAAAGAAAGAGAGAGAGAGAGGAAAAAA